AUGUCUCGGGUAAUGAAGGAGAUAGGAUGCAAGCAAGAUUUCUCAUUUCAUGAAAGAUGUGCUUCGCUGAAACUUAACCACCUCAGUUUCGCCGAUGAUGUCCUUUUAUUUUGUAAUGGAGACUAUAAAAGCAUUAUCUUAAUGCUUCAAGGGCUUCAACUCUUCACCAACACAUCCGGCUUGACCCCAAACAAGUUAAAAUCUUCCAUAUAUUGCAGCAACAUGGCAGACAUAGAAGUUAAAAGGGUGAUUGAUGCCUCUGGUUUCUCCCAACAGAAGCUUCCUUUCAAAAGGAUCUCAAGACAUGAAUGUAACAUACUUGCUGAAAAAAUGACAACCCGAAUUCGAACAUGGAGCACAAGGAAUCUAUCAUUUGCGGGUAGGGCUGUCCUUAUUAAUUCAGUCCUCUUUGCGAUUCACUCAUAUUGGUGCCAAAUACUCAAAUUGCCAAAGAAAGUUAUCCAAGAAUUAGAAGCUAUAUGUAGGGCAUUCUUGUGGAGAGGCCAACAUAUCAUGCAGGGGGCUGGGAAUAUUGCUUGGAGCAAGGUUUUCCAACCCAAAUCAGAAGGAGGGGCUGGUUUUACAAAAACAGCUGAAUGGAAUGUGGCUGCCUUGUUUAAAUACGUAUGGGCCAUCGCCAACAAAGAAGACAACCUUUGGGUCCGAUGGAUUCACAAUGUUUAUCUCAAAGAGGAAGAAUGGUGGAGCUACAAAGCUCCAAACCAAGGGAGCUGGUAUUGGAAGCAAAUUGUUGCUGCAAAAGAUCAACUCAAAGGACUAAUUGAUACUCAACAAUUCACUUCCAGCAGGUAUACUAUCUCUCUUGGCUAUAGUUCGCUCUGUCCACCACAAACCAAAGUCACUCGGAGUAAUGAAGUGUGGGGGAGAUUUAAUAUCCCCAAACACAGCUUCAUCACUUGGCUUUCAGUUCAAAAUCGAUUGAAGACCAAGGAUAGAUUGCACAAGCUUCAUAUAGCAGCUGAUGCCACUUGCAGCCUCUGCUCUCGCCAUGAAGAAUCGGUAAGACAUCUUUUCUUCAACUGCCAGUUAGCUCAGGAAUGCGUGAAUCAGGUUAAAAGAUGGUUGUCCUGGGGUGUUCUCUCCAAUGACCUUAACAAGCUUCUUAGAUGGAUAAAUCGUGCAAAAAUUAGCUUCUUCAAGAAGAAAGUUCUUGCAGCGGCUGUAGCUGGUUUAGUGUACUCAAUAUGGCACACUAAAAAUGACAAACUAUGGAAUAAUAAGAUUGAUAAUGUAGAUGCAAUUGUAAAGAAAGUUCAGCUUACUGUCAAACAUAGAAUUGACUCCCUUUGCCCCAAAAAAGUGAGUCAAAUAGAUAGAGAAUGGUAUCAAAACUUGUAA